GUCGUUGAUUCUUCUACCAGCAGUUGUGACGAAGUCAGACUGUGAGACAACAUGGUUGGUGAAAACUUUUUGUUCCUAGACAUGGACGUGAUAUGACGGUGCCAGAUGGCGGGUUUAGAUUGUUGAAAUCGCUGAACUCGGUUCAUACAUAGUGGUCAUGUUUGGCAGUUACAAUAUUUCUCUGCAUGUACUUUAUUGCUGAAGCGUCUCCCGGAAGUCUUUGAGUCUAAUUCUGUUCCAUAUGCUGCCUGCCUAUCAUUGAUCGAAGACUUGAUUGCCUGGGCGCCAUCCAGGGUUUAUCUUGUUAUGAAUGAAUGCAGUACUCUUCGCACUUAACAAAGAUGUGUGCAUUAGAUUUGAUUGCAUUACGAAAAUGGUCUACUGAGACGGUUCGAGAAUAAAUGUGUUUAUCUCUAUCGCAUCUAUUUCUUUAUUUGCUCUCUGACAAUCGAGGGACACCCUUCAAAGUUUUACUCCUCAUUAGAGCUAAUAUACAUUGCACAGCGGUCCCGGGUACGCCUUCUUCUGCACAAAGUCCACAUAGUUUGCUUGUUAGAAUCCACGUACACCGCACGCAGAGUGAUCCUACCUGUCUACACUCACGUAGUACAGAACACCUUAGUCAUUCCAACCCUUGCUGCGAAGGAGAUUAGACCUGUUUCGACUAAAAAGGGGAUUCAAAAUGGCCGCUACAAUGAGUGAGGAAUUAUCCUCUUUUGCAAUUUAUGCUUCAGCCGUCAUGGUAAAAAUGGUGUUAAUGUCCCCGCUAACAGCAUACACGCGUUUAACACGAAAGGUGUUUGCCAACCAGGAGGAUAUGGUUGGUCUUAAAGACAAGAAACCAGUCUUUGAUAACCCUACAGUUGAGAGAGUAAGAAGAUGUCACUUGAACGACCUGGAGAACAUCGUACCAUUCUUCGGACUCGGCCUCCUCUACGCUUUCACAUCUGGAGCUUCGACGACCACCAUCGUCUGGCAUUAUCGUAUCUUCGUCGCCUCCCGCUUUCUCCAUACCAUCGCGUACAUCGGUGCCCUGCCGCAGCCGAGUCGUGCCCUGUCUUUCUUCGCUGGUCUCAUCGUCAACGUCUCCAUGGCAGUGCAGAUCAUAAUGAAUAACUGGAAUUCUUUUUAGAGCAAGGUGAAAUAUGCUGUUCCCGGGAUUUUCCACUUCCAUUAAUCGAAUUACCAUCAUUGUCGUAGUUCGCCUCAAUCACGAUCGCAAUGACUGUCGACCUAAGGCAAUAUACCAAGGCCCAUAUUCAUGAAACCUUACGAAACUCGUUGUCAAUUGAUUGAAUAGGCUAUAGUACAGAGUAAGGUGGAAACUAGGCUUUGUGAGGUUUAUAUGAAUUUGUGCCCUGUUUACUGAUGUAAUUAAUGCUUCGUUUUUUCUCUUUCGAGAACCCCUAGUUACUUAGCACACCAGCUUAAUCGAUGAAUGGAAUCCUCUUGAUAAUGUAUCGUUGCUAUGUCUGGCAAGCGUCUUGUAAGCUGAAUUAUGUUUGACGUAUGCGUGGUAUUAGUAACAGGUCUAAUUUACUACACUUGCCCAUUACGUUUGAAUGUGCCUACCUGACAAUGACAAUGACGACGGCCAUCACGUUCAAGGGUUAAAAGGUAUAAUUGUUUGAUUGAUUUAUAUUAUGAUAUAAUUAUAUAUGUAUUUUGACUUUUGGAAAGAAAGGUACUUGUGAAGAGAGUGGUUUUUUGGCAAAGAGAUUGAGCCCUAACAUUUAUUAGUCAAGCUGAUUAAACAUGUAUAAUAUAUAUUUCGAUGUUCGUUUUUUAUAAAGUAUAAAUGUAUAUUAAGUCAGGUCUGACUUUAUGUAAAUGAAAACUCGCGUAUACCAAUGCCUUCUCGUCUAUAUGAUCUAGCUUAUGCCUUUGUUUUGUGAAUACGUCACCUCAAGUCAUUAAAUUCAUUUCUAAUUCAA